CCAGCAAUUUUAUUGAAAAAGAUGAGUUAUUAGAUGAAAUCUCACAUCAAUCUCACACCAUUAGAUCAUCAUUGAUGGCUACCAAUCAUAACAUUUGCUGGCCCCUAACAUGCUCAUCUUACACCAUUAAAAAUACUAUUAAUGACCACUUAAUAAUUACAAAACACCAAAAUGGUUGCCCCUAGCCGUUCCUCACCACUUUAAUAUAGAAAGUUCCCGAAUGGGUCGCACGACAAUAGACAAAAUGAACAAGUAGCUUAUCAAAAUUGUGACUCUCCCUCCAUAAUCCCUCCAUUUUUAACUGCCAUCAACUCCUCUCGCUAAAAUGGCCAUGGCUUCCUUCUCCCAUAUCUCCGCGCGCACUUUCUCUCUUCGUCCUCACACCCAAGCCAACUUCUACCAUUGCGGCCACUCUUCUCUACAGAGCUUCACCAUCGUAACCUACCAUGGGACCUUCAUCCUCUUCAAUUCCAAGCUCAAUCGCUCAUGUGAACCCAUCCUCACGCACACCAAUUUUCUCCAUUCUCCAGCUACCGUCGUUUUCUCAACUGGAAAUGGCGGCGGAGCCCCCGGGAACGGCGGGGGAGGGGGCGGCAGCGGCGGUAGUGGUGAAGAUGAGGAAGAACGGGACAUGAACAGGGAAGA